AUGGUCAAAAGUAGACGAGCGGCUUUUUUCACGACCGUGGCUUUAUUGUCGUUUAGCUGUGCGUACGCCGAGACGCCCACCAUCAAAGACUGCGUGGCCAACGAAACGUGCUCGGUGCAGCCAACGGUGGUUGUGGCUGCGGCAAUAACGACGGCGACAACGCCAAAAAAUGCGCUCAAAACUACCACUGUCGGGGGUAGUAGCCCGAAAAUAGUUCGUUACGACGUCUCCGGAAACGAUUCCAAAGGAUCGACGCUCAAAGACGUGGUCGUACAGGUUGAUGACAGAACCGUCAUGUCCCUUGGCGGUGACAAGGCCAGCGGUUCUGGAAACACUACUUCUGCCAGCUCAAACGUCACUGUCGUCGUUAAACCUUCAGUUGGAAAAGCUAACGCUACGGCAACUGAAACGAAUUUGCCGGUGACAAACGCCACCAAUACUACCAGCACCAGCACCACUGUUACAGAAUUUACUAGUGCUUCGCCGCCAAAAUAUUUGUCUGAAAACGGCGCAGAAGUCGUUCGUUUCGUUCCCUAUAAAUACUGCCACUGUGACCUAAUCUACGGCAGCUGUGACAUAAACUGUUGCUGCGACACAGAUUGCACUAAUCACGAUUUGAAAACAUUCACGUUGUGUCCCGAUCAAGCCAAGUCUACUUUGAUAAAGCAAGAAUCAAUCUUGUUCGAUUCUUCGUUGUUUUACGUGGUGAUCGAAAACGUACCAUCGGAUUAUUUCUAUCCCGAACGAGACACAAUCGAAUCCGAAACGCAAGUAGCAACUUCUCUUCGGAAACGCGACAUCUUUACUUGGCGCGAUGAAAAGGCCAUAAGCAGACAUUAUCCUUUCACUUCUACACUUCCAGUGGAUUCCUCCAUAUACAACAACUAUGACCUUACUUACAAGUCUUUGCGAUGGAUGUUUAAUGUCGUGUCUGACGUAAAUUCUUCUGAAAUCAAAACAUUUGGUUUGAAAAAUAGCGCUCUCGAUUCACUGUGCAGCGUGGAACAACCCGUCGAAUACUUGAAAACAAAGGAAACAAACUGCAAGACGUUCGUGCCUAAUCUGACAGACGUUUGUAACAACAUCUCAUCGUUGAGCUUCAAGUACUACUACGGCGAAAGAGGGCUGUUCAAAGUGGUGCAACCCAUUUACAAUAGCGUCCACAAGACCGAGAAAAUCGAUUUGGUAACCAUCCAAGCGACGGCGCACCAUCACUGCAUGACUGUGAACGGAUCGUCGUACGAUUGUCAGGUUGGAAAAAUCGGCGUCGGUACCAGAGGCAACGACAAUCGUUCGCACUAUGAUCCUGUUUACUUAGGCGGUGUUUGCCGUCGGGUCGUCGACGGGGUCGAGUACUUGGUGACGCACAACGGGUCUAGGGGCGUCCGCCGGGUGGACGUGCACUUCUAUCACCGGGACGUGCCGGACGCCGGUCGUUCCAUCUACCUAGAUCAGAGGUUCGGCGUUCGGUUCGCCUGGGCCACCGUCAAGACAGCGGUGGAGUCGUACGAGCGGAGUGGUAAGCCCGGUUACGUGACCGGGAGCCCAGUGCUGGUGACCAUGGCCGGUAAAGACGUAGUGAAACUCCGACACCCGAAGAAGAUGUACUUACCAGAAACGGACGGGUACGGUAGGUGUGUUCACUCCACCGAGCCUCGGCAGUCCGUCAACUUCUUGGAGAGCGUCGACGUCCAGUGUCGCGUUCGGGUCCGACGUCGAAAUAUGCAGUUGUCCAAGAGAGCUGAUGAUCAUUCCAUACCCAGUGGCGGCGUCUCGUUUGCAGACAUUUGUAACUACAUUCAAAACGAAACGAUGGCAGUUCUCGGAGAUUACGAAGGUGCCCUGGUUGCCAGUCUCGGCGACCCGGACGUAACCAGGUGGAUACCGUUCGUGGUCGCCAAACCGCCAGUACAGCAGUCGCCUCCGUCUGAAGACUCGUGUCCGGCCGUGACGAACGGCGUGCACAUACGGGUGUUGUACUCACACGUGGGCCCGUUUGACGGUCCGCGAGCCACUGUGCUUGGCGUGCUGACCAAUUACACGGCGUCGGCAGUCACCGUCAGCGGCGGCGGCGGCGAUCGGUCGGUGGCCGUUGAAGUGCCUGUGAGGGUCACCGUGGUGUACGUGGACCUGACCCGGCCGCCCGUCAGGACGUUCGCCGAACCACCCACGUACGAGUUCAGACUGCCCGAAGACUUUUACUAUCCGUUCUGGUCGUCCGGCGCCGCCCGAGUCUCGCGUUCCAUUCACAAAGUCUAUUUCGUCGUCGGUCUGCAGGUGUUAUUGUCGUACCUACACUGCCACUGAUGACAUAAGCGCCAAAGGUGUACAAAUUACAUAUCAUUUGGGCCAAAAUCAGUAGGGCAUAAGCACCAACAUAAAACUAUAUCCAACAGAAUAUGUCAAAAGCGCUAAAGAUCUAAAAAAUUAAUAUAAUUUGUAACAAUAAUAUUUUACACAAUAAUAUUAUUAUUGAAUUAUAUUUUAUAUAUUCAAAAAUAUUUAAAACCGUCAAUAAUCAAUAUUGACGAUUGAAAGCUUAUCAAUUAUCAGGCCGGCGGGGGGUGGAUUUGUAACGGGGAACUAAUAAAAUAACAUAUAAAAUAUAAACGAUACACAGCGUCCCCGUUACAUCUUAUCAUUUUCAAUCGCCAAUAAAGUAAAAUUAAAAUCCUAAUGAUAAAAUAAUAGGUAGGUACUAGGACUAGGUAGUAGGUAACUAAUACAAAUAAAAAUAAAUAAACAUAAUAAUAUUUUUGUAUAAUACAAAUUGUCUACUUACUUUUCCAUUGUAAAAUUAUGCCCUCAUUUGAUAGUCCUAAAUUUCGAUUCUGAAGGAGAAGAAUUUAGAAUUCAUAAAUAAAUAUAUUUUCACUUUAUAAUUUUAGUAAGACAUCAAUAAAUUACUAUAAUAAUAUAUUAUACUGAUCAAUGAGCAACAUAAAAUUGGUCUUUUAAAUGCCAAUGAUUCAGCUAGUCUUUGUUAAUUAAUUAAAAUGCAUAAAAUACCUUUAUUUGUAAUUGUUUUUGCAAAAGAAUUUUCUAUAUAGCUUACGUGAAAUACGAAUGCUUACUAAGUACACACAAACAAUAUAAUGCUAUUACUUAUUAGUUAUUACUUAGGUAUAACACAAAAACUCAAAACAACAAAAUAUAUUAAAAUAUUCCAAUCAUUCCAGUCAUUUGCCUUCGUCUCAUUACAAAAGCCCACUAGUAUGUCAGCAAUCUCUCCCUCCACUCUGACCUCAAAAUCCCAACCAUUCAUUUAUUUUAUUAAUUAUAUUAAUUGGCUAUUUUGAAUUUUUCCCAGAAAAUUGAUAAUUUUUUUUCUUUCAAUAUUAAAUAUUAAAAUAAAAAAUGAAAUAUCGUAUUUGUAAAGCGAGCAUCUCUAAACUAUAUACAAUUUUUUUUUAGUAUUGGUUAGAACAAAAGUUAGUUAUAGCUUAUUUAAUUUGUCAUAUCUUUCGUUACACCGUGUAUACAUAUAGUUACACUUCAAGUAUACGUGUGGUGUGUUCACAACAUAUUUUAACUUGACAAUAAAAUAUACUUUACAUUUUAGUAUUGUACCUAUCUAUAGACUGCUAUAUCAUAUUAUAUUAGAGUACAACUAAAGAUUAUACUAACUU